AUGACUUACUUUGUCCUCGACAAGCAAAGCAACGACCAUAUAAAGCUGUUUGGUAUGUUGACAAACGAAGUCAAUGUGACACAGUCAAGGAUUCUACCGCGGUAAGUAUUAUUUUAUAAAGAGGUAAAGGCUAUGAACUUUUCGACCAAAAUAUGAAAACGAAGGAUUUAAAUUGUUGGUCAAAAAGUGUAUAGACUAGGUUUAUAAAGUAAAAUUGUUUUUUAUAAACUUGUAUACGUAUUAAUAUUAUAUCAUAAUAGGCUUACUCUGUUUAGAUUUGCCACAAGAACAGUUACAGUAAUCGUGAACAACAAUGCUACCGUAACUAUUGACAUACCAGUCGAUUUGGACAAGUUUUGGUUUUACUGGUCGAAAAGUAACUUCAUAAAAUGUCGAAAAUUGAGUAUGAAACGAAGCAAUACAACCAGAUUGAUACCUAAACAUAAAGUGUCGGUGCUCAGUAAAUACCGAGAAUUCGCUGAUAAGUGGAACACUACCUUUCAGAUUGCUUGUGGUACUCUUUUGGGUAGGUUUGGUACUAAAUUUGUACAUUAAAAGUUUUGAUAUUGUUAUAAAGUUAAGUUGAAUAUCCAUCUUUAAAGGCUGGUACCGUGAAUGUGACCUGAUACCCUCAACCCAAGACAUAGACUUAACUGGGCCUUCAUCCCUCAUAAGACCAUCAUUUAUGAAAUCCAUCCAAUCCAAAUACGAUGUAAGAAGCGUGUAUGGUAACGACGAAGACUCUCUGGAGCUAAACUGGGUGUAUCAUGGUGUUCGUACUGACCUCUUUUUCAAGUACCCUCACAAUGGUACUCACGAGAAGAUUGGAGCACUCGAUUUUGCCAAUAACAAACAAAUAAUGUCAUACUAUCCAAAAUCGACCGGUACUUGUGCUGGAGACCUUCAUGGAGUACUAGUUUAUGUACCGUGCAAUGCGGAAGAAAUUCUGGUGUCGGAGUACGGUGACUAUGCUCAGGAUAUUGAGCUGAAGCAAUAUAGUUAUGCUUCAAAUCCUGCUAAUAUUGUAGCUGGACCAGCUAUGGAAGCUGAGAUGUUUGCUAGGUUAAGUAGGACUAGUUGGCCUUAG